AUGGGGGCCAACAGGCUGCCAUUAUUUUUUCUGUGUCCCCAGUAUGGCCGCAGCCCCCUGCACCUGGCCUCGCAUAAAGGUCACACAGAGGUCGUGCGUAUUCUGCUGCAGGCCGGCUGUGACCCAGACAUAGAAGAUGACGGCGGACAGACAGCCUUGCAUAGGGCUGCUGUGGUGGGGAACACGGUCAUCAUCAAAGCCCUCAUCCAGGACGGCUGCAGCCUGGACAGGCAGGACAAGGAUGGCAACGCCGCUUUGCACGAGGCCUCCUGGCACGGAUUCAGUGAGUCUGUCAAGCUGCUGGUCCGAGGAGGAGCCAAUGUUCACGCCAAAAACAGGGGGGGUAACACAGCUCUGCACCUGGCGUGUCAGAAUGGCCGUGCAAAGACCUUUCAAGUACUGCUUCUAGGGGGGGCCAGACCUGACGUCAAGAACAACAUAGGCGAUAUGUGCUUGCACGUCGCCGUCCGCUACAACCAUGUGGCAGUGGUUAAGGAUCUCCUAGGUGCCUUCAUGUCUGUGGAUGAGCAGAAUCAGGUGGGGGACACUGCUCUCCAUAUUGCAGCCUCACUGAAUCACCGGAAGGUGGCCAGGCUCCUCCUACAGGCAGGGGCUGGAACUGCAGUCAAGAACGCUGCAGGUCAGACCGCUUUGGACCAGGCCAGAGAGCACAACAGCCCAGAUGUGGCCGUGCUGUUGGUCAAAGUCACCCAGGUUCCAUCCGUAAAGAAACAGAAAGACAAGCUAAAAGCGGAAGGGCGUGCAAAAUCCGUUAUGUUUGCCAAAACGGCCACGAGAAAGGAGAGCGGAUCUAGAGCCAGUAACACCUGCUGCGGCAGAUUCAUCAAAGGUGCCAAAAAGCAGCCCAUGCAGAACACAGUGCCACAUCAGGCUGGGAGGACCAAAGAAGGGAAGCAGAAAGAAAGGCCCUUCCUAUUGGAUCCCAGCUCCAAAAUGAAGAACAGGCCAGAAAAAUAUGUACACAGGAUGAGCAAACUCACACCCCCUCCCCCGCCCCCCCAGCCUCCCCACAGUGUCAGGGCCUACCAGCUUUACACCCUUUACCGCAGUGAGGAUGGCCAGAUCAUGCAGGCUCCCAUGCAAGGCUGCUGCUGUGAGCCCCUCAUCAGCAAACUGGAGAACCAGUUGGAAGCCACCAAAGAACUGAUGAAGUCAGAGAUACACACCAUCCAGGAGCAGAUGAACUCAAAGCUGAGGGAGAUAGACCACAGGAACCAACUCCAGAUCAAAGUUUUGGACAAGAGGAACCAAAAGCAGGUAGCACUGGAGGGAACCGAAUGCCGUCGCUGGAUUGACCAGAGGAGCGCACUGGAGUUACUGGGGGAGGAGAGCAGACAGGCGGCCAUGGUGAAGGAGAUGAAGAGAUGGUGCCAGCUGAAGAUCCAGGACAUCGAGGCGUGCCUCUCCAGAAACCAGCAGAGUCAGCCGCCCUGUGGAGGGGUCACCCCAGGGGCGGAAGCUGGGUGUCCUGCUGUAUUGCCUGAUGUCCCUGGAGGUGCUCAAAUGGCAGCAUCUGCAAACGGUCAGAAUCAGGAGACGGCCAUUUCCAUGAAUAAGCGACUGCCACAAACUCCCCAAAUUGUCCGACCCAAGAAGCAGAGUCUCCAUCAGGGCCAGAAGGAUCCAGUUCUGUACAGACCUGGAGUCGGACAUAGACGUGAGGGCCAAGUGUGCAGAGGACGCCACAGAGAGCAAAACUCCAGGAAGAUCAGGGGGGACUUUGGCGGGCAGAAUGGGGGAGAAGCAGAGGGCUGUGCCCCCCCCCUACAUGAGCACGAGGGCAUGCACAGAGAGGAGGAGAUGCAGAGUUUCUUCAAGGCUGUCUCUGCACAGAUGGAUCGCUGGUGCGAGAGGAAAGCCCAGGAGACUCGCCGGCAGGUGGAAGAGAGGGUCCAACAGGACCGGGCCACCCUGCUGCGAAGGAUCAGCACCCUGGAGGGUGAGAUAGAGCUGCUCAGGACCAGAGCAUGCAGGGGAACACUACUAACGUGACACCACAUGCUGACUGGUGACAUAAAUGCAAAAAUAAUGUAAUGUGAGGAAUGUAAUAUAAACCAAAAAAAAAAAGGGUGAACUGGGGCCAAUGUGUGGCUCACUUGCUUCCCACGAUCAGAAGGUUCUGGAGCCAGAAGACAGAUAUUGCUGCUGGGAUGCUGCAUGCUCUGGACCACAAUGAAAAAUGAUAGGUUCAGAGAGAUAACCAAUCAGGUUGUAGAGGAGGUGGGUCCAAGCAACUAGAGGAGGUGAAACAAACCAAUCAUAUGUCUUAUGCGGAGAAAGGUCCCACCUCCUCUGCAGUCUGACUGGUUGUCUCUCUAAAUCAAUCAUUUUUCUUUGCCCUCAGAACACUUUUGUGUAAGUAAAACUCCCACGAGCUGUUGGGCUCCUGAUAAAGGCCAGUCACCCCCAAUUGCUCUAGGGACGCUGUAUGCGGGCUUGACCCUACACUGUGACCCCCCAAGCUUGCCCUCCACCCCAUCACCAGGAUGAAUAAUGUAUUACAAUAUUAAUGUCUGUAAAGCUGGAGAUGCAAUAGUAGUAAAAGUAAUAAACUAUAUAGCCAUAA